AAAAAGAUUAUAAAGUUACACAAAUUGCAACAAAUUUCUUUUUAUUUCUCUUGUUUUUAUAUAUUCUCAAAGUUUAUCUACUAAAUUUGAAACGUUAUGCAUCAAAUACAUUGCACCGUAACAUGACAAUAGUUUUACAUUGUACUAUUUCUCAAGGCGGACAUUUCAGCGUUGCCGCAAGCAUGCAGUAACAUUGCAGAAACAUUUCGCAACGUCCAUGGAAUAUUACAAUAUUUCAUUGUAAGGUUUUUGCAACGUUUUUGUAAUCUUUGAUGCUGUAUGAGAAAGAAUCACUGAGAGCGAUCAACUGAACAGCUUAUGCGCAUCAUGUGUAAAACGGAACAUACCCAUAGUCAAUGGUCCAUGCAGUGUUGUUUUCGGUGAUGUUUUCUUGCGCUUGCGCAUUGAAUCAAUGGAAGUAUCUAUCUUAUAUGAGAAAGGGUGCUUUUAGAGCCCUAUUCUAUAUCAAUGUCAGUAUUGUUAUAUAUUACUAAUUGUACAAGUAAAUGUAAUAAAAAAAUUAUACAACAAUGUAACGUACGCUAUCAAAAAUUAUUAUUAAAAGUUACAGAAUAGGUACGUUACUUCUCCGUCCAUAAGCGUAUUGUUAUAGAUACGUUAUUGAAUUUUAUUAUGACUGCAUUGCGCAUGAGCAAAAAAGCGGCACCGAGAACAACUGGGUUCAUUCCGUCCAUCGGUCCCUGUUGUAACUUGUGCUAGAGUUUCAAAAAGCGGCACCGAGAACAACUGGGUUUAUUCCGUCCAUUGGUCCCUGUUGUAACUUGUGCUAGAGUUUCACUGUGUAUGAGACAAGUAACAAGGUAACAAGUAUUAUUAGAGCGUGUUACUUCGUCCUGUUCAAGACGGAAAUCAACGGAAAUCCAUAAGUGAUCUCUAAGGGCAGCAGAAGAAGGAGAAGUAACAAAGGAAAUGGAUCAUGAAUCUCAAACUUCUUCUGAUUUUGAAUAUUCCAAUACAUCACAAGAUGUAGAAAGCUGCAGUGAUAUCGAAAUUUUAAAUUACAAUAUUGAUGGAACUGAUGAUGAAUGUAUGGAAUAUAUUGUUGAUUCUGAAACAGAUAAAACAAUAGAUGAUAGUGUUAACUCUAUUGAUGGAGAUGAAAUAUUUUACAAUGAAAAUAAUUUUAAUGAUUCCGAAAAUGAGAUAGAAAUUGAAGAAAAGAGGCACUUAACUUUAUAUGAUGGUUGUGACAUUUUUAAUAAGGGAAGUGAAUUGUUAAUAAUAGCUUAUGCUUUAAGGCAUAAUUCAACUGAUAAAGCCUUAGAAGAUCAGUUAAAGUUAAUCGAAACUGUUAUCUUCCUCACAGCGAACAUCGAUCUAAAUAUCACUUUUUAAAAUCAUUCACAUAUCCAAAGUUCUUAGAAUAUUACUACUGCGUAAAAUGUUUUGUAAUUUUAAAUUUUGAAAAUGAAUAUUCAAUUUGUGAUUAUUGCCAAAUGCAAUAUUCAAAAUUAAAUUUAAAAGAAAGUAGCCAUUAUUUUAUUUAUAUACCACUAGAAGCACAGCUUAAAAAUCUGGUAAAUAGUGAAGUUUUUUAUCAAUUCCGAAAAAUUGAUAAUGAGGAAAACGACAUCGUCAACGGAAAUGUUUACAAACAACUACGUGAAAGAAACGUAAUUAAUGAUUUUGAUUUAAGUAUUACAUGGAAUACUAAUGGAGUUUCCCUACACAAAUGUUCUAAGUGUAGUAUGUGGCCACUUCAAGUUUGUAUUAAUGAAUUACCUUACCGAGUAAGGAGAAAAAACAUGAUUCUCUGUGGUUUAUUUUAUAACGAAACGAAGCCAAUUAUGAAUAUUUUUUUGGAAUCUUUCGUUAAAGAGCUUUUAAGUUUAUGUGAAAAUGGUUUUAAUAGUACGACAAUAUAUCAUGAAGAACCAAUAAAUAUUAAGGUGCAUACAAUAUUAUGCUCUGUUGAUUCAGUCGCAAGACCAUUAAUACAAAAUAUAAAGCAGUACAAUGGAGCUUAUGGUUGUUUGUACUGUUUUCACAUAGGUGAAAGAAUCAAUGUAGGAAGAGGGUUUGCUCGUGUUUAUCGGUAUAAAAAAAAUAUUGAAACUCGAUCAAAGGAUAUGCAUGAUAAAUUAGUCAAAGAAGCUGUCGAAAAUAAUAUUAUAAAGAAAGGUGUAAAAGGACCAUCUAUAAUGUCUUUACUUCCAUACCAUGAUAUAAUUCACGCAUAUCCUCCAGAAUAUAUGCAUGCUUGCAUAUUAGGAGUAGGUAAAUUAUUUGGAAGUGAAUGGUUCAACAGUAAGAAUAGUAACGAGCAAUGGUAUAUGGGUAGAAAAUGUAAAGAAUUUGAUGAUAAAAUGUUAACUAUCAAACCACCUUGUGAAGUAACAAGGACGCCACAAUCAAUAUUAAAUUAUACAAAUUAUAAAGCUAAUGAUUGGAAGAAUUUUAUUUUAUAUUAUUCAUUACCUUGCUUAAGCAAUUUAAUGAAACAAGAAUAUAUAAAGCACUGGUUUCUUUUCAUAUAUGGCCUUAGCAUAUUUUUAAAAACAACAAUUACAGAAGAAGAAUUUCAACUAGCUGAAACGGCAUUACAUAGUUUUGUGAAAAACACUGAAAUGUUGUAUGGAAAGACAUUUAUGAAAUACAAUGUGCAUUUACUUCUACACUUACCUUUAUUUAUAAAGAACUAUGGUAGUCUUUGGGCGUGGUCCGCCUUCCCAUUUGAACAUUACAAUGGCGUACUAAAGCAAUUAUAUCAUGGAACACAAUUCAUACCUCAACAGAUAUGCAAGUUAUAUUAUCGAUUAAAAUACAUUCAAAAUCAAUCCAUUAUUUUUAGUGAUGCUAGAUGUAGUACAAAAAGUAAAAACUUGUAUUUAAAGUUAAUGAAUGAAUGUAGAGUUAAAAACUGCAUUGAAUAUGAAGAUAACUUAAGAAUAUUUGAAAAACCGCAACGUUUGGAAUUAUCAGUUGUUGAAAAACUUGUUAUAGAGACCACACUAGAAGAAAGAAUUAAUAGUUUUGCAUUAAAAUAUUACAGAUUUAUUUAUAAAAAUAUUCUGUACCAUUCAUAUGAUUAUAGACGUUUACUGAAGAGAAAUAAUAGCUGUAUCUUAGCUGACACCAAUCUAUUAUUAAUUGUUGCACUUAUAAAAGUAAAAUGUUCAGUUUCAGAAGACAUAAAAUAUGUCAUAUUAGGUAAAAAACUUACUCUUUUAAAUGAAAAUAUAUGUUCCAGCGCAUUUUCAUAUAUUACACAAGAAAGUACUACUCUUGUUUGUUGUAAAAUUUCAUCUAUUGUAAGAAAAUGCAUAGUAGUUCCGUAUGUGAGCGAUAAAUUAUGUGUAUAUCCUAUUGAAAAUAUAGUUGAAAUGGAUUAAAUUAAAAAUACAAAAGUAAUUUUGAAAAUAAAGUAUCAUAACAUAUCACAUAGACAUUAUGAUGUACAAUUUUAAUAAAUAAUUCUAUUAAAUUAAAAUUUAUGUUAAUACACUAAAAGACAUUUAUUACAUUUAAUACAUUUAAUAAGACUUAUAUUUAAAAGUUAUAUUUAUAUAAACUUAUAAAAUUCUUACUAUAAUCUACUAUUACUUUUUAUAAAAAGUAAAAUGUUAUCAUCAAGUAGGUAUUUAGCUUAGUAUUAUUUUAAUAAGUUUUAUAAAAAUUUAGUAAAUUUUGUUACUGCAUUAAGGCUAUAUUGUGAAGGUGUGUAAAAAUACUUCUUAAAAAAGUUUUUAUUGUAACAAAAUUUAUUAAAUUUUAAUUAAAAAAAAUCAAAGAUUCUGUUAUAAACAGAAAAGUGUGUAUAUUUUAUUUUUUACACAAGUAUCAAUAAAUGUUAUAUCUAAAAUGUAUAGUAUUGUUUCAAUGCAAAGAAGAGAAUUUUCAUUGCCAAAGUAUAAAUUUAUACCAUUUUCAGGUUUUUUAUAAGAUUUUUGCAUAUACAUAUAUGAAAAAUGUAAAACAUUUUGUAAAAAUAUUUUACAAUUUUUACGCAGAAAUGUAGCACUAAUUUUACCUUCUUUGCAGAUUUUUCUGUAAAAUUUUACAGACGGUAUAUAGACAAGCGCUCACGCACGCAUGCACGCGCGCACGCACACACCAACACACAAACAGGCGCAAACGUAUACACAAACGCACAUAUGCACACAAAAUACACACAAUCUAUAUAAAUUUUGCAAAUAAUUUUGCAUCCAAUUUUGCUGAAAACAUUACAUAAAAUUCUGUAAAAUAUUCUGCAGAAAAAUUCCGAAGGCAAAAACCUUGAACAAAAAUCUGAAGUAAAACUGCAGACUAUUUAUGCAAAAAAAUAUACAAUUCUUUGCAGAAAUUUUACAGAAAACAUUACAUAAAAUUCUGUAAAAU